AUGAGUUUAUUUACUUUUGACCCUCUCACCACCAGCAGCGGUUGCGGGAUUGUUGGAAAUGAAACGAGCGCCAGCAGUGAAAGCCGCAAUGAAGUUCCAUUAUUUCAAAGAGCAGAUUGGUCUCUCAACAACUUGGAUGGCAUGGAUAAUGAGGAUAAACAUUUGGUGAAUCCCAUAUUAAAGGAUGAACACACAUUAAUGUAUGAGGAUCAACCGAUAUUUGAUUCGAGAUUAGGACCACAAGCCGAAUCCAUUCCACCAGAAGGAGAAGAAGAAAAAGAAAAACAACAACAACACGAUAAACAAGAAAAACGGUAUCCAGUUCCAUCUCAUCAAAGGGGAGAAGAAGAAGAGAGAAUGAUAGAGGGAAAAGAUGUUUCUUGUUUAGAUGAGGGUAAAUGGUUGUGUGAUCCAACUUCAUCCUUCAUGACUCCAGGAGCUGCGGGUGGUUUAACCACACCACCGGAUUCCACUCCCACUACUCCUAUUAAUAUGAUGAAUAUUAACAAAACUCCCGUUGUGAAUGAUCCUCCACGACUCACCGCACGCAAUAAUGUCUAUCUCAGUGAACUUCCAUCCCAUUGGAAUACCGAUAGACUACGUAGUGUGUGUCUCACCUUUGGUGGAGUGGUCUCCGCGAAGGUGGUACAUGAUCCUACCACGAAUCGUUCUCGUGAAUAUGGAUUUGUGAUGUUUGAAACGGAGGAACAGGCGGCUUUAUGUGUAAAGACUUUAAAUAACCGCCCAGUGGAGGGUCGUAUUCUCACUUGUCGUUUAGCACAUGAAAGAGCUAUGCCUUCCUUUGCGCAUAUGGACAGGGCGGCGUGGAGUUCUUCUUCUAAUACCACCACCGCAGCGGCCUCUCCACAACUCACAGGAUUAACGGAAGAAGAUCUUUUAUUACAGCAGCAACAACAACAACAACAGCAGAAGAAUGGAGCGGAUGGGGUUUCACAUCCGGAUGGAUCUUCUUUAAAUGAGGAAACGACAUUACAGAGGUUUACACCUUUGGGAUGCAAUCUUGAUCAACGGGGAGGUGUGGCUACUGUGCAAAGAAGUCGGAAUGUCUUUAUUCAAGGAUUACCCUUACAUUGGAAUACGGAUAAAUUACGAAGUUUAUGUGGUACGUGUGGAAAGGUUCAAUUAGCCAAAGUGGUUCGUGAUGCCACGACGAGUCAAUCCUGUGGACAUGGAUUUGUACUCUUUGAGACGGAUGAACAGGCUUUAACAUGUGUAGAGAGACUCAGUGGAUUUACAACAGAAGGAAAAACAUUAAUUUGUCGAUUGGCUCGUGAAAAGCGAAGUUCACCAUCGCAAUUGCAAUUGCAAUUCACCACGGGUAAUCCCACACCGUCUUCACCGCCGCUGAAUAUUCCCCCAGGCGGCUGCACUUCCACCACAACUCCCACAAGUACACCCACACAAUGUGGAAAAGAUGCCAACACCGUUGGAAUGAGUCCAGACUACGCCACUGCUAUUCUCCAACAACAACAACAACAACAGCAGAGUAUUAUCUCACCUGUAAAUCCUUCCUUUUUAAGUAAUGCCGCGUUAGUAGGGGGACCACUCCCACCCGGAGCUCUUUUACCACGAAUGCCGCCCGUCGGAACCCCAACCGCGGCUAUUAUUCCAAAUACGAUGAUGGCCCCUGGUGGGAUACCGGAUCUGGAGUAUCGAAUAGCAGCCAUGCCAAACUUUGGAAAUACAUAUUUUAUUACGACUCUUCCCUACCAGACAAUGGGAUUGGGACAAGUGAUGGAACCUAUAGUGACAACAACAACAACAACAACAACAGCAGCAGCAGCAGCAGCAGCAGCAACAACAGCAGCAAUAGCAACAGCAACAGCAACUCCUCCACCUUGUGGAAAACCAGAAAUGAUGCGGUGCUUUCCCGGUAGGUCUUGA